AUGUGCAACCUUUAUAAUCAGUACAAGAAUGUCAUUGCAUUCUCUAAUUUGCCGCCUUCCCUAUUCUCUGGGAAGAAUUGUAUCAAGGAUGAGUCGGUCUCAUUGAAGGUUCUUGUACUGUCACAUGCAGAGGUCUUUCAAGGAACUUUGAUAUUGAAAACUCAGAGAAAAAAAAGGUUCCAUACUCAGGAGUCAGGUGGUGAGGAUUCUGUUCCGAACAGGCUCCGUCCUCUAGUUGACGUGCGAGAUGUUGCUGAGGCUGUAAUAAUGGCGUAUGAAAAACCCGAGGCUGAAGGUAGAUACAUAUGUGUAGCGCAUGCUAUCAAGACCCGAGAUUUGGCGGAAAAGCUUCGUAGACUAUAUCCUGACUUCACUUACCCGAAGAAUUACAGUGAGACUCAACAUGACAACAAGCUGAACUCCGAGAAGCUGCAGAAGCUGGGAUGGACUUAUCGGCCACUGGAAGAAACUCUCAUAGACUCCAUUGAAAGCUACCGAGAGGCUGGGCUGCUUAAGUAG